GCAAUUACCAAGCCACGUAACAUGCGCAUCGUGCACCAUGCUAUGGAUCUACCUGACCGGAAACAUGUGGGGCAAGUGCAGCAACGGUACCGAAGGUGUGGGCUGUGGUCGACCAGAAACGUUUCGCAACUGUGCGGAUAUAAGCAUCGUAUCCAACACGGGCGGUGGGAGACCACCGCUCUUUGUGGGAAGUAACAACCCGUUCUUGCUGUAUUACAAAGACUACCGUGACCCCAAACCGGACAAUGUUUACCCGCUGAUCAUUCGGGACCAGGUGUGCGUACCUACUGAGGCUUACCGUAGCUUCAUUGGCAUGGAGGACUGGUGCCAGAGUAACUGUUUGCGCUACCCACCUAACUGUCCGGAAUCGGUUUGCUACUGUCCGUGAG